AACUACGGAACGAACCAUUGAUGUCUACCUAGUAUAAAACUAUUUUGUACCUAGAUCGCCCAAUAAUGUUGAGAUAAGGGGUCCCAAGAGACAUAAUCUCGUCCAGUUCCGUCGGUAUGGAUAGCCCAGGCAGCGCAGGCAAGCCGCAGGCAGGCGGCUGUGUUCAGGUCUCAUCGAGAUCUCAGAGAGUGAAAUUGUUCGACUUUGUUUGGGUUGCAUACGAGAACCCAUCGUGCGGCAACCCCUGGCAGUCCAUUGACGUGGUGUUUUCGGUGAAAACCGAGCAGAGCUCCGUCUCCGCGGAUGAGCUGCUCAACGACAGCGAUCUGUCGUCUGUGGGAUUUGUCCUCCCCACGGCGGCUGAAUUCUUCCUCCAGUGCGUCCGGGUGGCCAUCGAAAAGGGGCGCGGGGGAUCAUCAGUCGCCAAACUCAUCGUGCCGCUGACGGCAGGGCAGAUCGUCCGCGGCGAUAUAAUCCCCCUGCGCUUCAUCGACUGCGAGUUCGUGGAGAGUUGUGUCUCCCUAGCAGAACCGCGUGGGCUCUAUCCCGGAAAGCCCGCACGGGGCCAGCAGAUGGGUGACCUUGCCGCACUGCUCGGCGCUUCCGCGGCCGGCUUGCUCCUGCAGAAAAACCCAGAGGGUCUUGGAGACGUUGACGCCCGCUCCUUGUCCCCUUUCGUGGAAGCAGACAUGGAGAACAGGUUGUCUUUCCCCUGGAUCGUCGAGCCCACGCCGAGGAAGACGUUGGUCAUCGUCGAGGGAAGUCGCGUGCAUCCCGACGACGGCGGCACCGGGCCGAACAUCUACCUCGCCGCCAUGGCUCUCGGCAUCGACAUGGUCGUCCUCGACAAGCCGGGCCACUGGCUGGAAGGACCGGAGUAUGCGCAUUGGAGGAAAGACUUCAUCCAACUGGACCUGCCUCAACCCCCGGAUGCGAAAUUUGCAGAGCGCGUGGUGAAGGCAGUUCGGUCCUACGGCGGCGAAGUCGACGGUAUCAUCACCUUCUGCGACUCGUACCAAGCCGCCGUCGCCUGCGCGGCCCGCGAACUCGGACUACCCACGUCCAGCGCAGAAGGGCUCGCAAUCGCGACGAACAAGUACGAAACGAGCGUCUUCGAGGGCCGCACUGCCCAUCUCGUCUCGAGUCCCCAGGAGGCUAUCCGGGUCGCUGCCGUCCAGGGCGACUCGCUGUAUCCCUGCAUCAUCAAGCCCUGCAACGGGUGGAGCUCCGAGGGCGUCUUCCGCAUCGACAGCAAGUCGGAGCUCCUGCCGGCCCUGCAGUCCCUGGCAGCGCUCGCCGGCUCUCGGCACGGGAACGACUUUGUCAUCGAGAGGUAUUGCUCGGGUCCGGAGGUCGACGCCAACUUCGUCCUGCUCGACGGGGAGAUUCUCUUCUUCGAAGUCUGCGACGACUUCCCCAAGAGCGCGGACGUCAACGGGUUCGCCAGCCCCAGAGGGACGCAGAGCUUCAUCGAGCUCGACAGCGUCUUUCCGUCCAGGCUUCCCGAGUCGGAGAUCAACCUGCUCAAGAUCUGCUUCCACAACACCCUCCUCCGGCUCGGGCUUCGCAGCGGUAUCCUGCAUCUAGAGGGACGCAUCGACAACUCGAUGGUCGAGUACCGAGACGACAACGGCGUGUUGGACCUCCACGCAAAGAACGCGCACGCGCACGAUGCACAUGUAGGGACCCCGCCACCGGCGGCGUGGCUUAUCGAGAUCAACCCCCGCCCGCCAGGCAUGAAGGGCACGCAGAUCAUCGAGUCCACGUGGGGCGUGGACUACUGGGGCCUGGGCCUGUUGAUCGCCGUUGCCGACAAGGCGCGCGCGAGGGCGCUGGCCAGGCCCUUCAGGAACGGGCCGCAGUACACGUGCGUCAUGGUCUUCAUACCGGUGGACUACGACCUGGCGUCCUGCGAGGGCGUCUUCGCCUCGGACGAUGUCUGCGCCGAGUUGCUGGAGCGGAGGCCAGACUUGGCAAGGAAUAUCAGUCGCUGCGGGUGCCUGGUCAAGAAGGGGGAGAGGGUCGCGCACCCAAGCCGGGGUGUGAACAGUUUUCUGGCUUAUUUCAAUGUCUUCUCGAGGAAUGGACGGCGGGAGGCGUUGAGGUUGGCCAGGGAAGUUCGGGAGGAGGUUAGAUUUUCCUUCGUUUAACUUGCGUGGAGGUGUUCAAUAAGGGGGCGCUUCCCCUAGACAUUCCAGCCGUUCGUGCAAACCUACCCACAGGAGGUAUCAAUCAUCUGAGCAUGCCUAUUGGCUGAGACCUUUCAUCGUGAGAA